AUGGCUCUAUCAAUUGGUGAUCUUUCUUUAAGAACCGUCAACUUUGUCUUCCUGGUGAUCAUCCUGGGUCUUUCCGGAUCCUUGGCCGCUACCGCAGACAACAACAACCCCCAAGUCAAUUUCGUCGUUUUCGCCGCCGCUUGGGGUCUGUUGACUUCCACCUUCUACGGAAUUGCUGCUUACUUCAUUUCAGCUUUGGCAUGGCCAAUUCUGUUGGCAACGUUCGACUUUUUGAACUUUGUCUUCCUCUUCUCAGGUGCAACCGCUUUAGCCGUAGCUAUCCGUACUCACAGCUGUUCUAACCAGUCUUAUUUGGACAGCAAUGGCGUCACUCAAGGCUCCUCCGACAGAUGCAGAAAGGCCCAGGCUACCGUUGCCUUCUCCUACUUUUCAUUCUUCGUCUUCACAGCUGCCCUGUUCUUCUCUGUUUUGGCAGUUUUCAAGAACGGUUUAUUCGGUAGCUCCAUUUCAAGAGGUACUCCUCGUACCGGUGUCCCAACCAUGUCACAAGUUUAG